AUGGCUUCUUCUCUCAAGGUUGAUGGUCUCCUUGGAUUGAUUACGAUUCGCCUCAAUGAUGAUAACUUCAUGAAGUGGCGGUAUCAAAUUGAAUCAGUUCUUGAAGGACAUGAGCUCUUUGGUCACUUCGAUGGCUCCGUUGUUCCUCCUCCCAAAUUUGCCUUUGUAGAUGAAGAAGUAGCCACUUCUGAGGUUACGGCUGCCUACAAGAACUGGCUUAAGCUUGACAAAGCGCUUCUCAGUCUCCUAAUUGCAACUCUGUCUGAUGACGCGAUCGAGUACGUUAUCGGAAGCAAAACCGCUCGUGAUGCUUGGCUCAGUCUUACCGAUCGAUAUGCUACUGUCUCUCGAGCUCGUCUCAAUUUUCUCAAAACAGAGCUUCAGACUGCACAGAAAGGGGCAGAUUCCAUUGAAAAGUUUCUGCUUCGUCUUAAGCAUGUGCGUGAUCAGCUUGCACUUGCUGGUGUGUCCAUUUCUGAUGAUGACCUUAUGAUUUCAGUCUUGAACGGUUUACCUUCCGAUUAUGAUAUGAUUCGAACUGUGCUUGUUGCUCGUGAGACACCUAUUUCUCUCAAGGAUUUUCGUACGCAGCUCCUUGCUGCUGAACAGGCUGCUGAGUCACGUCCUUCCUCUCUUAUUUCUCCUAUGACGGCAAUGAUUGGCCCAUAG